AUGUUGGUUCCGGCCGACAUGCUGACCGCUCAGUCGAAAAUGCUCUAUCAAAUUAACAAGUAUUACGGCGAGCGGGUGCAAAAUCGCAUGGGCAGCAUAGCGAAAACGAUACGCGAAGUGUGUAAGGUUGUGCAGGAUGUAUUGAAGGAAGUGGAGGUGCAGGAGCCGCGGUUUAUAUCGUCUCUGACCGAGUGCAACGGGAGAUACGAGGGUUUGGAGGUGAUCUCGCCUAUCGAGUUCGAAGUGGUGCUCUACCUCAAUCAAAUGGGUGUAUUUAAUUUCGUGGACGACGGUACGUUGCCCGGUUGUGCUGUGCUGAAGCUGAGCGACGGCAGGAAGAGGUCGAUGUCGCUUUGGGUGGAGUUUAUCACGGCAUCGGGAUACCUGUCCGCUCGGAAGAUUCGAUCCAGGUUUCAGACGCUAGUCGCGCAAGCGUGCGACAAAUGUUCCUACAGGGAUUCGGUCAAGAUGAUCGCCGACACCACGGAAGUUAAGCUUCGCAUUCGUGACAGGUUUAUAGUGCAAAUUACACCCGCGUUCAAGUGCUCCGGGGUAUGGCCGAGGUCGGCGGCUCAUUGGCCGUUACCCCAUAUCCCAUGGCCUCACCCCAGCCUCGUCGCCGAAGUGAAAACGGAAGGUUUCGAUCUCUUGAGCAAGGAAAGCAUUGCCGCGCAAGGCAAGCAAUCGGCAAUGGAAGGAGACGCAUGGGUCCUGUCGUUUUUAGAGGCGGAAAAUAGGCUCCUCCAAGGAGGCUGCCGGAGACGGUGUUUGAGUAUACUCAAAACGUUGCGGGACAGACAUUUGGACUUGCCGGGUAAUCCCGUCAGCAGUUACCAUUUGAAAACGCUAUUGCUAUACGAGUGCGAAAAACAUCCCAGGGAAUCGGAAUGGGACGAGUCAUGUAUAGCUGACCGAAUCAACGGUAUUUACCUGCAACUGAUAUCGUGUUUGCAAUGCCGCAGGUGUCCGCACUAUUUCAUACCGAAUUUGGACUUAUUUAGGGGUAAAUCGCCGAGUGCGUUGGAAAACGCGGCCAAACAAGUGUGGAGGUUAACCAGGGAACUAUUAACGAACAGUCGAUGUCUAGAAAAACUUUAGAGCAAAUUAAAUGAACCAACGUGAAUAAAUUAGAUCAGUAAUUAUGCCGUACUAUAUAACGCGUUUGCUUAUUUAAACAAAUUAGUGGUCAUUGUACAUAGUAAUGUGAGAUAUUUUCCCGCUAUAAAGAGGCUGAAACGUUCCGAACGUGUUAAAGUUCUAUAAGACUGUGUUACUAUUGUAUGUAUAUGUUGUUAUGCCGAUUUAUUUAUAAUGUAACGAUUAUCGUUUAUUUAUUUAUAUACAAAUAAAUGUUUUACGCUGCCGGAGAAAGUUAUUUUAUGUGGAAGAUGGUUUACAAAUUGCCGAAUGAAACAUUUUAUGCAGACAAUUGCGUACCUACGUCUGUGUGUCUGUAGGUACAUAAAUUAAAAUUGAAAUACUACAUACAACCCGCACUUUGGCUUUGAAAAAAAAUCCCCGGUUUGCAAUAAAUAAUAAUUUUUGUUACAUAAGUAUCAGCCAAAUCUUUAAAAAAUAAGGUAUUUUUAAAAAUAAAAUUAAAUA